GAUUUUGAUGUGAGAGCACAAAAUACUUUCAUUUUCUCCUCCCCACCUCUCAAAUCUGGAAGAAAAGAAAGAAAGCAAAACAUCCAUCAUAUAUGUUACACUAUUGAGCCACGCACACUUGAGGGUGCGCGUGGAAGAAGGCCCGUUUUCUUGAAAUUUCCCCAUCACACCAUGUAGGUGGUGGUGCCAACAGAAAAAAAUGUCACUGAAAAUCCACACAAAACAUGGACAUGAAUGAACGAAGGAAGGAAGGAAGGAAGGAAGGAAGAAAAAGAGAGAUUUGAUCUUUACAACUUUAUUACUAGCUCCUCUGGAAGGGUGAAAUAACUGUUGGAACUUGCAAAGUGCGUAUCCAAAGCACAUUCAAGACUGCAAAAGUACACAGUGCAGAGGCUAUAAAGACACCAGAGUCCCCAGACCUCUUCAACCAGCUCCAAAGAGAGAGAAGAAGCAGCAAAAAGCAAAAAAAAACAAAAAAGAGAGAAAAAAAAAAGGAUACUCCUUUCUUUCUUUCUUGCUUGCACAUACCCUCAAAUCAAAGCUCAAGAUUCACGCACACACACUAAAAAAAGCACAGGCAAGCAAGAUGUUUGCAGCAGAAAAUGGGCUCAAGGGUGACCCAAGGCUUCAGGCCAUUUCUGAUGCCAUCAGAGUCAUACCCCACUUCCCAAAACCGGGAAUAAUGUUUCAAGACAUAACCACUUUGUUACUGAAUCAUAAGGUCUUUAAAGACACUGUGGACAUAUUUGUGGAUAGAUACAAGGACAUGGACAUCUCUGUGGUUGCUGGCAUCGAAGCCAGAGGAUUCAUGUUUGGACCAUCAAUUGCACUGGCUAUUGGUGCCAAGUUUGUUCCCUUGCGUAAACCAGGAAAACUGCCAGGAGACGUCAUAUCAGAAGCUUAUGAGCUGGAAUAUGGAAAAGACUGUCUAGAGAUGCAUAUUGAUGCAGUGCAGAGAGGAGAAAGGGCUGUGGUAAUUGAUGAUUUGGUAGCUACUGGUGGAACACUCUCUGCAGCAAUAAAACUUUUAGAAUCCAUGGAAGCUGAAGUUGUUGAAUGUGCUUGUGUUAUAGGAUUGCCUGAGGCCAAGGGACGACAAAGCAGGCUAAACGGAAAGCCACUUUACAUACUUGUGGAACCCCGAGAAUUUGAAGGUUAUUGUUGAGCAAGCAGGGCCUGUGUGUAUCCAAGGCUGAUUUCAGAUUUUCAGUCCAGAAGAGAUGAUACCUGGGAAACGAAGUAGAAAUUUUGGCUCACAGGCCUUUUGUACCGUUCUUCCUCUUCUUCUUCUUCUUCUUUUUAACAAUUAUCUUAGAGACUGUUUCAGUUUUCCUCGGCUGCUGCUAUUUUAUUAGAACUUGUGGAUAAGUUAAAGACGUAUUCAGACAUUCCACAGAGAUUUGAAUUAACUUUGCUCAACUAGUCA